AUGCAUGUCGUGGACGAGCCAGGCGAGGAGAGGAAAGACCGUCCUGCGCAUUGGACCUCUGACAGGCCUGUAUGGUUCCAGAAUCCGUGGACGAGCUGGAGGACGAACAGCAAGCUGGAUGGGGCCAGGAUGCUCGCCUUUAGCAGUCGCAACGCACCCGCUCUGCCCAACGUUGGGAUCCCUGUAAGGACGCCGACGUGGGGUACAGAGGAAGAGCACCGAGGCGCGGUCAAGGCAACGUGGUUGGGCCACGCAUGUUUUCUUGUCGAGCUGCCGUUCAUUACUGGGCUUGAGAGGGGUGCUAGGGUGCUGUUUGACCCCGUGUUUAGCGAUAGGUGCUCGCCUAGUCAGUCGUUCGGCCCGAAGAGGUACACGGAGCCGCCGUGCAAGAUUGAGGAUAUACCAGAGGUGGAUGCUGUUGUCAUCUCGCAUAAUCACUAUGACCACCUAGACACCCAUACCAUAAGCACUCUCUUCAAACGAUCCCGCCUCCCGCACAUAUUCGCUCCCCUGGGAAACGAUAAGUACUUCGAGUCGAUAAGUAUACCCAAGGCGCACGCACAUACCCUCGAUUGGUGGGACGCACGACGCGUGGAGAUACCCCACGAUGGCGCGUCUUUCAAGUUGACUUGCACUCCCGCCCAGCAUUUCACCGGCCGAGGGUUAUUUGACCAGGGAAAGACACUCUGGGCCAGCUGGGCCCUUGAGGGUGAAGGCAAGAAGGUCUAUUUCGCCGGUGAUACUGGCUAUCGGUCUGUCAAGGAUGGGGAGAACGAGGAGGAGCGGCCGGUGUGUCCUGUCUUCAAGGAGAUUGGGAAGAGGUUUGGGGGGUUCGAUCUGGCGUUGAUUCCUAUUGGAGCGUACCAGCCGAAAUGGUUCAUGUCGACUGUACAUUGUGCGCCACAGGAUAGUGUGCGUAUUUUCAAGGAUUUGAAGACGAAGAAAGCGAUAGCUAUGCAUUGGGGGACGUGGAUGCUGACGACUGAGGAGGUUACGGAGCCUCCCAGGAAGUUGGCUGAAGAGUGCAAGAAGAUUGGGAUACCUGACGGUGACUUUCUUGUCAGCGAUGUUGGGGAGACGAAAUACUUUUAA